UCAACAUCUGAUUUUCCUUACAUUACUUUUUCAGUCCAUACUUCCGGCUUCCACUUCGAAUGUGAUUCGUAUCUGCCUUUCUGUGGAAUUCACUCUUUAAUUUAGUCCCUACAGUUUUUCCGGUCUAAUUUACUUAAAACUGUUUAAUCCUACUUCAUUGGUUCACAUGAAUGUUCGUAAAACACAGAAACUCUGACAGACUCUAUCAAUUUUGUUUUUCUAUUUUGUAUAUAGAGCGGUUUUAUUAAAGCCGCAAGUAAGAUUUCUUGCUUGCACUUUGUCAACUGUUUUAAGAAAAUUAUCCAAUUUACUCUUUGAAUUACAUAUUUAUCUAAUCAUUUCAUAUGAGCAAAACUGAUAUCGUAGUAAAAUCACAGUUUCACUUUAAAACCGACCAUAAAAGUUAAGUCUGCGAUUAAAACGCAGACAGUGGGAAAAGAUAACCCUAAGACUUAUACGACGAAUCAGACAAUAUUAUAAGUAUUUAUUCAUUUAUUAUUGUCGAUUUUUGGUACUUAGCGGUCAACUUAUGUGUAUGUGUUACAUUAUACAAACUUCUAAGCCUUUAUAUUAUGGAAAGUGGCAAAACUGAUCAGGAUAAAAAACCUGCCGCUACAUGGAAAAUAUGGACGCAAAGAAGGUACGUGCUGACAAUGUUGGUGUUUUGCGGUUACUUCAACAUUUACCUUCUUCGCACCAACAUGAGCAUCGGGAUUGUGAUUAUGACCCAAAACCGCUAUACAACUUUAGGCAAUGGAACCGUAGUUAAUAUAGGUCCAGAGUUCGAGUGGGACAACGUUAUCCAGGGCUACAUAUUGAGCUCCUUCUUUUACGGUUACAUCACUACGCAAUUACUCGGAGGUUUAAUUGGGAAUAAAAUCGGAGGAAAGUUGGUUUUUGGUGGAGGCAUUGCUGUUACUGCCCUGGUUACUUUAAUCAGCCCUUGGCUGGCGGAACUCAGCGUUUAUGCGCUGUUAGUAGCCCGGAUACUCAUGGGAGUGUUUGAGGGCGUAACUUACUCAAGCUUGUAUGUGCUUUGGGUAAAGUGGAUUCCUCCUUCUGAGCGUAGCAGAUCGACAACGCAAGCAAUGUCUGGGAGUUACCUAGGAGCCGUGUUUGCUCUGAUGUUUUUCGCCUAUCUAGGAGAAAUCGCCGGCUGGAGGAGCAUUUUUUGGUUCUCCGGGUCUGUAGGUUUGUUGUGGUUUGCUGCCUGGGUGUACGCGACAUCCGAAUCUCCUCAAACCGACCCUAAAAUAUCGCCUGAAGAGCGUGAUUACAUUGAACACUCGCUGAGAGCCUCGCAAGUUUCCAAAGCGCACAAAGUUCAAUGGAAGGCUUUGUUCACCUCUGGGGCUGUUUGGUCGCUGAAUGUGGCCCUGUUUUGCGAAACCUGGGGCUUCUACACGCUGCUAACUCUACUGCCCAAGUAUUUCAAAGAUGUUUUUCAGUUCGACAUUUCCAAGUCCGGACUGGCUUCGGCGUUGCCCUAUAUUUCCAUAUCGAUUAUGAUGCAUGUGUGCGGUCAAUUGGCCGAUCGAAUUAUCGCGAAAAAAUGGCUAACACUCACCAAAACCAGGAAGACAUUUAUGUGCAUCGGAUUUUUUUCGCAGACCGGAUUCAUGUUAGGCGCAGCCUUUUGGGGACAGGCGGCUGGGACGGUCUUUUGCCUUGCAAUGGCUGUGGGUUUGGGGGCUUUUGCUAUUGCAACUGUGGGAGUAAACGCGCUGGAUAUUGCUCCUCUUCACUCUGGCUUGGUGUUUGGGAUUGCCAAUACUUGGGGAACAGUGCCUGGCAUUAUCAGUCCGACUAUUGCUGGAUAUGUUAUUUCAACGGAUAAUCCGACGGUGGAACAAUGGAGGAUAAUUUUCUAUAUAACCGCAGGAUUGUAUUUCUUUGGGGCCAUAUUUUUUGUCCUCUUUGCCAGUGGAAAGCGACAAGAUUGGGACUUGGAGGAGAAAGUGAACGAUGUUGACCUCAAGGUUUUGACUAGGAAAAAUAGCAAAUAAAAUUCAAAAAUGUAUACAAACUGUUCGCUGUUGUUGAAAAGUUUUACAUGUAAGAUAACAAGACGUUUUAUCUGGGGUCCUUAUCGGAAUUAAGUAAGUUAUUAAUUGUUAAAAUUUGCAAUUUCUUUCUCAAUUAAAAGAAAACUGUGAUUUUUUGAUAAUUUUUUUAUUAUAAACUGACUGUAAAAGAUAUAAAAUUUCUUAUCUCUUGGACAGAAAUGGGCCAUUUUCAAUAUAAGAACCAACGAAAUACGAUAGUUCGAGUUGAAGGCCAGCACUGUUACGAACUAUUUGUGUAUAAAUACAUAAUAAAUAUAUAUCUUAAAGAAUUA